AUGACACGUGCACCAGCACGCACGGCGUCAUCGCGUACGUCACCGCGCCGGAUGUUGAUAUAAAGUCUGGAGGAAGAGCAGGAAGAAAACACAGCAGCGCAAGCUCGAGCUGGACGGAAAUAAACAAACACUCGAUCCGAAGCGGCUGGUGUGUUUGUGUGGAUCAUGGGCCGGAUCUUCUUGGAUCACAUCGGCGGGACGCGCCUGUUCUCCUGCGCCAACUGCGACACCAUCCUGACCAACCGCUCCGAGCUGAUCUCCACGCGCUUCACCGGCGCCACCGGACGCGCAUUCCUCUUCAACAAGGUGGUGAACCUGCAGUACAGCGAGGUGCAGGACCGCGUGAUGCUGACCGGCAGACACAUGGUGCGAGACGUCAGCUGCAAGAACUGCAACAGCAAGCUGGGCUGGAUCUACGAGUUCGCCACCGAGGACAGCCAGCGCUAUAAAGAGGGCCGCGUGAUCCUGGAGCGAGCGCUAGUGCGCGAGAGCGAGGGCUUCGAGGAGCACGUCCCUUCAGACGCGUCCUGAGGACCAGCGCUCUCCGUGACUCUCAGAUGUUUGUUAGGCCAAACCCUGAUUUCAACUCUAUAGAUUCACCAAUAAACAUGCACAGCAGCUCGAGAGCUUCAGAUGCACAGUCUCUUCUGUAAUUGGCUAAAACAAACGCGGCUCGUAAUGACCAGACCAUCUGCUCACGAAGGGAUGGCCGUUCAGAUUAUUUGACAGAAAGGCAUGUGUUCAUGGCUUCUUUUCCCGUGUUUCACACAUCUUUCCUCUGUAAGUAUGGAGUUCUGUUUGUGCCAAAAGUGUAGACUGUUUUGUCCAUGUCUGCUUGUUCUUUUUUGUUCAUAAUUUAGACGUUUGUGCUCUCAUUCUGUACGGAUAUCCAUAUUAACAAACAGAAUUUGCUCAAUGAUAAGUUUCUCACCAUUUUUUUUUUAUCUCUGAAUAUUAUGACAAUAUCGGUGAUGACUAUUAUCGAAGCCUGUUACCGCCACUGAAUACAAUUUUUUUUAAAAAGGUUAUUGCGACUUUUUAUCUCACAAUUAUGACUCUUUAACUUGCAAUUGUCAGUUUGUAUCACGCAAUUAUGAGAAAAGAAGUCAGAAUUGUGAGCGAAAUAUAUAUAUUUUUUUAAUUCAAUAGCGGAAACGGGCUUCCAUAUGACUAUAGAUCGAUUAAUGCAAAAAAAUAAUGAAUGCAUCUGGAAGUUUGAGAGAACUCUUAUUGGGAAAAUCUAAUUCUGUUUGUUUAUCUGGAUAUUUGUAAAAUACUACAGAAUGUAAAGCAUAGCUCUGAACUGAAGAAAUGGCAUGAAACAACGGCACUAACAGCAGACGGAGAGAUGUCAUGUACGAUCCAGACGAGACUUUUGGCACAAAUGUAACUCCAUACAUACAUGCAUAAGAUCUCUUGUGCUAGUAUUAGUGUUGUUGGGAUAACAUCUCCUCCUUCACCGGGAAACCAGGGUCAAUGAAAGCAGAUCACUACUGAAAUGAUGUAGAUUUCUCCACAAAUUCUCUGUUUGUUUCCUUAAAAGCUGAGGACAAUUGUGAAGUGUUAUCAUCCUUUAAUAACUCAUCUAUUUCUGCAUCUGUGGUUUCUCUACACUCAUGUGACCAAACAGGUUCAGGAUUUCAGACCGAAGAGAUCUGAAGGUUUUUCUGGUUGAGCAGGCUUUUAGCAGAAGUUUAGAAAGAGCUGCAUUCACUCAAUCUGCGAUCUGUAGUCAAAGGCAUGAGUAAAAACAUCCAGCCGCUUCAAACACAAUCACACGACUGUGCCGUUGUAUUUCUACACUGUUUGAAACUACCUUGCUUUGUUCUGUUGGAGAGGAGCGUGGCAGUGAUUUUAUUCAGAUUCUCGUGAUCGUUUGUGAUUUAAGACUUUCUCUGAAUCUCCUCAGUUCUGCUGAAUUCAAGCUCAGCGUGUUGAACUUUAUUGUACUGUGUUUGUUUGCUUCUGAUGUCGAAGUACCCGCUUCUCUAUCUGUCCUUUGAUUAAAGCCGCUUCUGUUCAUUAUUGUAUUCCAAAGCUCAGUUGUGUAUUUAGCAUGAGGUUCAUUGUGUUAUAUUUGAUGUCUGACUUGAAGAAUAAAUCAUUUCCUAAAGUGGAAUGUUUCUACCUUCCCAGUAUUUCAAGAAAUCAGUAACACUUUACCAUAAGGUUCCAUUUGUUAACAGUAGAACUAAGAUUAAAAAACACUUCAGAAGUAUUCAUUCAUUUUAAUGUUCAUUUCUGUGCAUUUACUAAUACCUGAUUA